CGCGAUUCCCAAACUGGUCUACUUUUACCUACGGCAAAAGUUGUUAUUCUCUGGGACAGCGUGCAUUUCGCCCUAGACACUGUACUUAACUGCCGUCCUUCAACCAUAGUCCCACAGUGUGUUGACUCUAAUGGAUCUGCGCAGACAAACCUUGUUCUGCACGCAUCUGAGGCCGAUUUAAGCACAUUGAAUACCCAGGACUCGAGUCCAUCUAUUGGGUUUUGGGAAAAGGAACUAUACUUGGAUAUCAGCCUCGUUCUUCGUAGUCUAAUAAAUAAUUUCGCACCUCCCGAUGACCCAAUCCUUCGAGUCUACUAUAUUAAUUGCCUCUCUCAGCUUGUUGUACAUGCUUCACCGACAGAUGAGGCGAAUGCCUUCGUGCCUGAACUCCUUAAGCAGGUAAACUCAUAUGAUGUCUUUUUUUAA